GAUCGUGUUACGGGAGACUCCAGCUCCGAGACAUCUGCUCCGCCGUGAACACAACAGAGCGCGUCCCCGCGUCUCCUGCGACCGAUCCUGUUGCACCCCUCCUCCUCCUCCUCCUUCUCCACCUCCUCCUCCUCUUGCCCUGUUCCCUAGAAUUGUUGCUCUCUCGGUUUAUUUGUGUCAACGCAGUGAUCAUGAGGAGCCACCGUGCGUGCGUCCCCCGGCUGUAGCUGAACCCGGUCGAAGCGCGUCCCUGCUCCAUCCGACCUGUGCCACCGAGAGGCGGCGGAGCGAGAAGCAGCAGGAGCGACCGGUGCCAUCGAGCAGCAGCAGCAGCAGCAGCAGCAGCACAUUUCUUUUUUCUUUUUGUCUGUGCGCUCCGCAGGCUGCUGGUGGUUGGGUUGUGCGGCUUCGCAUCCUCCCCGGUGUCGCCGGCUUCGUUGUUGUUAGGCGAGGACAGAGAAAUGCGCAUGAACCGAACAAAGAUCCACACGUCCGAUGUUUGAAAACGUUUCAACAGAGGGAUAUUUAGUCUGAUUUUUUUUGUCUUUCUACGAGUUAUUGUUGGUUCCUGACACCAUGGAGUCGGUGGAGAAGGAGUGUGGAGCGCUGGGUGGAUUAUUCCAGGCCAUCGUGAACGACAUGAAGAGCUCCUACCCCGUCUGGGAAGACUUCAGUGCCAAGGCCACAAAGCUGCACUCUCAACUCAGGACCACAAUUCUGGCUGCAGUGGCCUUUUUAGAUGCCUUUCAGAAGGUGGCGGACAUGGCUACCAACUCCAGAGGUGCCACCAGGGACAUCGGCUCAGCUCUGACCAGGAUGUGCAUGCGACACCGCAGCAUUGAGACAAAACUACGCCACUUCACCAACACUCUUAUGGAAGGCCUGGUUACACCGCUCCAGGACAGGAUAGAGGAAUGGAAGAAGACGGCCAACCAGCUGGACAAAGACCAUGCCAAAGAAUACAAGAGGUCUCGUCAGGAAAUCAAACGGAAGUCUUUAGAUACCAUAAAACUCCAAAAAAAAGCAAGAAAAGAGCUUCUAGGCCGGGGGAAUCUGCGCCCCCAGCUGGACAGCGCCAUGCAGGACGUCAGCGACUUGUACCUGCUGAUGGAGGAGACGGAGAAGCAGGCGGUGCGCCGAGCCCUGCUGGAGGAGAGAGGCCGCUACUGUUCAUUCAUCAACUUGCUGCAGCCUGUCGUGAACGUGGAGAUCGCCAUGCUGGGGGAGAUAACACACUUACAGGCCAUUGUUGAUGACCUCACGGUGUUGACUGAAGACCCACACAAGCUGCCACCGGCCAGCGAGCAGGUCAUCAGGGACCUCAAAGGCUCCGACUAUAGCUGGUCUUACCAGACUCCUCCCUCUUCCCCCAGCAGCGCCGGCUCCCGGAAGAGCAGCAUGUGCAGUCUCCUCCAGAUGCCCUCUGCAGGAGCCCAUCGCCUCAGCAGCGUCUCCUCCCACGACUCGGGCUUCGUCUCCCAGGACGCCAACACCCAUUCAAAGCCUCCAUCGCCGAUGCCCUCUGAUAUCACCAGCCAGAAAUCGACAAGCUCAGCCUCCUCUGAGGCUUCAGAAACCUGCCAGUCUGUCAGCGAGUGCAACUCUCCCACCGCGUUUGGCUCAUGCUCAUCCUUCGGUACCUUCCGCCCUGCUUUCUCUCACACUGGCACCAUCAGGCCUCUCUCUGUCAUACUUCCUGCGUCCCCCACAUUUAACCACUCCCCCGGAUCCAACACCCCCUCUCCCACAUCAAAGGUUCCUAGCUGGAAGGACUGGGCCAAGUCGAGUUCCUGCGAACCGUCGCUGGCUAGCACUCUGCAGCGUAGGAGGGAGUCCGUGGAAAAGAUGAGAGAGCUGGAGGCUCCGCCCAGUCCACAGGGGUAUUCUAGGAUGCAAGCAGACGAUCCACACAGAGGGAGGAGUGGUCUAGGAACUAUUACAGCCAAGCACGGCGAGCCGCUGUCUCCAGCAGCCAGCACUUUAGCGAUGGUCCUGACCAGAGGAUUGAGUAUGGAGCAGCAGAAGAGCAGCAGAGACUCUCUGCAGUACUCCAGCGGCUACAGCACACAGACCAACACCCCCUCCUGCUCCGAGGACACCAUACCCUCCCAAGGUUCUGACUACGAAUGCUACUCUCUCAACGGCGAUGCUGACAGUGAGGGGCAGGCAGACUUUGACAAAUCCUCCACCAUCCCACGCCACAGUAACAUUGCUCAGAGCUACCGCCGCAUGAUCCAGACCAAGAGGCCCGCCAGCACGGCAGGUCUCCCUGCAGGUAAGAGCCUGCAGGGAACUCCCAACAGUGCCGGCGGCAGCGGCCCUACAGCCAUCACCUCAGGGACGGCCACCAUUCGGCGGACGCCAUCCUCCAAGACCGGAGUGAGACGCACACCGUCUACAUCCGGCCCCAUUCCCAUCAGGCCCCCCAUCGUUCCAGUCAAGACCCCGACGGUGCCAGAUUCCCCGGGGUACGCCAGCCAGUCCCAGCAUCGCGUAGGCAGCGAGGAGUUUCUGUACGGUGACGACCCAACCGCUUGUGACUACAUGAGGGCUUCUCCGAAGCGGAUGAGUCUCCCCGACACAGCUUGGGGCUGCGAAGGAGGAGGGGGGGGUGCAGACAGGACUGUUUACGCCCAGCAGGCCCCCGGCAUGGCCGCCCACAGCGCUGAGGAGGACCCUCUGCUCGCUGCCAACCGCCACAGCCUGGUGGAAAAGAUAGGAGAGCUGGCAGCCAGCGCCCACGCCCUCGGCGAGGGUCACUUCCCCUUCUCCAGCUCCCUGCCAGGAGAUCAAACCGGGUGUGCGCCCCAGGAGAUGUCCUCCGUGGGCCAGGAGGGUAUGGACAUGCUGGUGUCUAUACGCCGGGGGGUGAAACUCCGCAAGACGACAACUGACGACCGGUCGGCUCCCAGAAUCCUUCGGUAGUUGAGGGAGAUGAAAAGGCUGCGAAGGAAGCGGUUGCCAUGUCUUUUGUUAUUUUUUUUGUUGCUGUUUUUUUUAAUUUUUAUUUGUUUUUUACAAACUGAAGCUUUGUAGUGAAAUGAAACAGCACUCAUGUAAUACAUGAACUGAGGCACAAGUAACGUGUGGUGAAUGAAGGCCAGUCGUCAGAGUACUGAGUGACCGCGGACAAUGUCAAGUCAUUUCAUGUCAUGUAUGUAUCGCGUACGUACAAAGUAAUCCAUGUUUAUUUUGGUUUUUAUUCUUCAUGUUUUGUUUCCGUCUGUGGGAUUCGUGGCCGUGCAUCUCCGCUCCCCGUGUGACCAGUUUUUCUCCAGCCCACUUUGCUCCAUUUAGACCCAGCGAUCCCCUCGUCUCGGAUGAGGAUCGGACGCUCUGUGUAUUUGUUCUUGCUCUUAUGAUUAUUAUAAUAUUGUGCAUUUUUCUCAAUUAACACAGCCGCCUGUCCAGCGGGAAGGCGAUGGGCGCGGCGCUCUGUGAGCCCGCCCCCGUGUGUCGCGUUUCUCAUCGUUACUGUACAAGUACCGUAUUACUGUUACGUUCCAUAAAGCUGACCUGCAGCUCUGUAAGUCAUGUAAAAAUAGAAGCAAUAUGGCAGUGUUUUUAUUGCUGUACUGUGCUGUCAAUAUAUUCUGCGAUUAAACAGGCUUUUUACUGUUUAAA